AUGGCCUGCACCAACGACUUUGCCGCGGAGGAUACCAAUUGGCUGAGGCACUUUGCUUCUGUGAACGCCACACAUCUAUCAGAAAGUGUCUUUUUUUGCAUUAAAUAUGAGGAUAUGCUUGACAUCUAUGCAAAGUUCGAACGCCUCCUUCAGAAGGAGGAUAGGAAGCGUCGGAAGGAUAUGGCUUUCAUAGCCCAAGCUAAGAGUAGCCACAGCGGCAGCGACGACUCCCACGCAGACUUUGAUCCAUCGUCUUCCGCCAUAGACUGCGUCUAUGUAGUGAUUCGAGAAAACCCGCUAGAAGCCCUUAAAGUGACGCAUCUCAUACAGAAAAUGUGCUCCGCAUCAUUUUCUUUCCCACCAGAACCAACCUCCUCGGCAGGCAGCGCGGCUGAUAAUGAGAAAGUGGAUGAGAAGGCAGCACUCCAACACGUUGGCUUGGCAUUUCUAAAUGCCUCCGUGUACGGCUCAGCGACGACGGCCGUAUGUCAACUUCGUCCACGUAUUUCCUUAGCGUGGUCUGGGAUUGUAUCCCCGCUUCUCUAUCUGAACAAGACGGAGCUGCUUCGUAUGCAGCAGGAGCAUGGGCAGGCUCACUUUUACCUCGCGAGCAGCUUGGAGGAUGCCGUUAGAUUUGCGACUCAGGAGGGGGAAAGCGCCCCCUAA